AGAGAUAGAAUAAACCAUCACGAAAAAUUCAUGUGACACAAACAAACCUAAUAUUGAACAGCAUAUAUUGGAAAUAUUGGUCAUGAGUGCGGCAUAUAAUAAAAUAAAAUGCGUUUAUUUAUAAUUAAUCAUAAUAGAGAUAUUAUCUCUCAUUCGUUUAUAAUGGAUUUUAAAUUUGAUCUGACCUUUGACCUUGUGACAGGGCGAGGAACAUGUGAUGAGAGACUUGUCCAAACUAAUUAUGCUAAUUUCUAACCUCUAUUAUUUUACUAUUAAUCUAACAGUCUAAUAAAUAGCAUGUCUCGGAAAAUUUAUCUAAAAUAAUCGAAAAACACGAAGUCUGCCACACUCAGUGCCCAAAAAUAGAGAAGAACUCCAUCCUAGAAUUCGAAUUACAUGUGAAGGAAAUUGAGUGAUUGGCAACUUUUCCAACAUCAUUCAAGAACAAAUAAUUUAAUUGAAAAUCGUGCUGUUAAACGGGAGUGUCCUUCAAAAGUUGGAGUAAUUUCGACGUGUCUCUUCUAGAAUGGCAAACACCGGCUUACUAGUUAUAACAAAUCCUGCAAGGGUGAGGAAAUUGCUGCCUGUAAUUCAAACACAUGUUCUGAAAACGUUGUACAUACAGUAUUUCCCCGAGAAGAAUAUUCCCGUAUCGGACAGUUAUAACAAUAUCGCGACGUCGCAACACAGGAAUUUACAAUACUCCAAGAAUAUUAUGGACAUAUAUGUAAAUACUUCUGCAAUUGCGAGUCGGCUCGACAUACGUGUUCUGCUCACUAACGUGAGACAUCCUACUAGAUCUAUUAUAAAAACUAAAAAACCUGUAGAGAUAGUGAUUUUCGAUCAGCGGUAUACUAAGGAGGAGAGAAACUUAUUCAUAGACUGCUUGGCCAAUAGAUCGACAAUUUACAGUCUGAUCACUUGCAACGAUGAUCAGGACCAAACCAAUCACAAAGACGUGGACUGUGCUGCUCAAGAUAUAAAAACUUACAGGAAUGUCAUUCUGGGUGGAACGUUUGAUCGUUUGCACAAUGGCCACAAGAUCUUGUUGAGCGAAGCUGCUUUACGUUGCACAGAAAGGCUUACCGUCGGCGUAACGGAGACGAACAUGAUCUCUGGUAAACUACUGUGGGAGCUUAUAGAACCCUGUACGCAGAGAAUAAGCGAAGUGAAAGAGUUUUUGGAAGACGUUGAUUCAUCAAUAACAUACAAUGUUGUGCCUAUCGAGGACAUGUAUGGACCUACUAAGGAAGAUCCGACGCUUGAGAUGAUAGUUGUGAGCGAGGAGACAAAACGUGGAGGCGACAAGGUCAAUGAAUUGCGUUUGCAAAAGAAUUUAAGCAAAUUGGACAUCUAUGUGGUAGAACUGGCUGUUGAUGAAUGUCACAACAAACACGAAGAGGCGAAAAUCAGUUCUAGCAAUCAGAGGAUAAGAUUACUCGGCAAGAGGCUUCAACCUCCUAGAACAGAUGGCAAACCGUUGAAGCCGUACAUUAUUGGUUUAACGGGCGGUAUCACAAGCGGAAAAUCUUCAGUUGCCGAAAAAUUACAAAAACUUGGCGCUGGCCUUGUAAAUUGCGAUAAAUUAGCUCACGAUUUAUAUUUGCCUGGAAAAGAUUGUUUCCAUGCAAUAAUUGAACAGUUUGGUUCGUCCAUUCUCAACUCGGAUGGAUUUAUAAACAGAAAGAAGCUUGGUGAUAUAGUAUUUAAUGAUAAGGAACAAUUGGAAAAAUUAAAUAAAUUAAUUUGGCCUUUAAUCUUACGGGAGGCAAAAAAGGAAAUUGAUAUUCUUUACUCAAGAGGCUAUCAAGUUAUUGUCAUGGAAGCGGCAGUUUUGAUUCAAGCUAAAUGGCAAAACGUAUGUCAUGAAAUUUGGACUUGCAUCAUUCCACAAAAUGAGGCUAUAAAACGUGUAAUGGAGAGAAAUGGAUUAACUGAAGAAGCGGCCAAGUUGCGAAUUGGGAUACAACCAAGUAAUACAGAGCAAGUUAAAGAAGCUAAUGUUGUCAUAAGUACUUUGUGGUCUCACGAGGUUACGCUAGAACAAGUAGAGAAAGCAUGGAAGGAAUUGACAUCAGCUUUGUUAGAAAAGGAAUCAGACGUAGAAAAGUAAAUUUUUCUAAUAAAAUUUUCUACACACGCAAUUCUACUAUAGCUGUGCAGUAAUUUAACUGCGACGCGUAAUGCGAAAAUUUAUCUGUAAAUAAUAUUAAACUGUUAUUUUGUGAUACAAGUUUUGUAAACAAAAAGUACAAUAUAAUAUUAAACAGAAAGUAUAAUAUAAUACUGAUGUGCGGGAAUCACUGGUGAUUAGCUGACUUUUGUUAAUGAAUAAACGAGAAUAAAGUAUCAAUUGCAAGAGA